ACUAACACUUGCUUUUCGCUUACAACUGAGCCAUUAUACAGGACAUCAACUCCCUCUAACAUCUCAAAAAAGACUUCGUCAGCUCAGAAACUUAUAAAUAGACAUAGUUCUUUACUCAGAUCAUAGCCGAAAUUAAUUUCCUACCACUCACUUUCAUGAAGAAAUAUUUUCUUUAGUCAGAUAUUUUGUAAAUUUGAUUUCAAGAUGAAUAUGCCCUUCUUUUUUGUAAUAUUUUGUUUCUGCCUUCAUUUGGAAAUGGGUUUUGUCUUACUUUCCACUGAAAACCCCACUGUGGAAAAAGAUAAUUCAUCAAUAAUCCAUGUCUUACAGAUGACAAUGUCCAGCUGCAAAGAGGAGCAAACUGAACAUGUCAAAGAAAUUCUGCUUGAAGCUUUAAACAUCAGGUGUGCUCCCGACGUCGAUCAUGAAGACAUGAGCAUGGUGAGGGAUUACAUUAGGGAGGGCCUCAAUAACCUUCUCAAUAUGACCAGCGUGUUGCCUAUUAAAGGAAAAAAUGAAACAGAACAACCACAUAAGAAUAACACAGAAACGUUUGAAAUGCAGCGGAUUCAAGAAGGACUUCAUUGCUGUCAAAUCAUGGCUGAUGUCUCCAUUACAGAUCUUGGCUGGGCUUCAUGGAUUAUUUACCCUGAAAAGUUUACAUAUGCAAAAUGUGUGACUUGUGAAGACCUUAAGGGAGGGACAACAAAGAAAUGCAAAGUUUAUGGAAAACAAUACUCUUCAAAGAUCAGUUGCUGCACUUCGGUGACUGAGUGGAUCCCGUUCAUUUACGUGAAUGACAACUAUUCCUUGGGUAUCACCACUGUGCCCAUACCAAAGCAGUGUGGCUGCACCAGACAUGAAGAAGCUGACUGAAGGGAGUUAUUUAAAGCAUGUUUUUAUUAUUCAGUAUCUAAUGCAGAUUUUCAACAAUGCUAAUAGAGUGCAGUUAAAUCUAAAAUUAAAAAUAUUUUGGAUUUGUUUGUGGCUCAGAACCUUGUCAAAGAAAUUUUCAAAUGCUCACUGUGCUGACGUCACGUUUUAAAACAAUCAACACAUGUUACUACUAUCUUUAAAUCAUCGGUAUAUUUGCAAAUAUAACACUAUAGCAUGCAUUUUACAUGCAUUGUUUAACUUGCUUAACUAUAACUACAGUAUCUAUAAACCUAAAAAGAGAAGCAAUCCUUGAUGGCUUCCAUACUCAUUCUUCCAUUUUCCUGGAUUUCUUUCUGCUUUCAAAAAUACUUGACAAGGUUGAAUUAUUCUUUUUUUUCAAUAUUAGACCAUAUUGGAGAUAGUGUAUUUUUAAAAUACGAGAGCUGUGUCGGCCG